GACUCUGGGUUUCUAAGCUACCGUUUUACCUUUAGUUAGCGAAAUCCGGCGUUAUGGCUGAUGCUGUACUUCGCGCGGCUCCUCUCUCCCCGCUGCUUCCUCUUCUGGGCCUCCUGCUCCUCUUUGCCCCGCAUGGCAGCAGCGGCCUGCACACCAAGGGUGCUCUUCCCCUGGAUACUAUCACUUUCUACAAGGUCAUUCCCAAAAGCAAGUUCGUCUUGGUGAAGUUCGACACCCAGUAUCCCUACGGUGAGAAGCAGGAUGAGUUCAAGCGUCUGGCUGAAAACUCGGCCUCCAGCGAUGAUCUCUUGGUGGCAGAGGUGGGGAUCUCAGAUUAUGGUGACAAGCUGAACAUGGAGCUAAGCGAGAAAUAUAAGCUGGAUAAAGAGAACUACCCAUUCUUCUUCCUCUUCCGGGAUGGUGACUUUGAGAACCCAGUUGUGUAUACUGGGACAGUUAAGGUUGGAGCCAUCCAGCGAUGGCUAAAGGGGCAGGGAGUGUACCUAGGUAUGCCUGGUUGCCUGUCUGCCUAUGAUGCCCUGGCUGGAGAGUUCAUCAGAGCCUCUGGCAUGGAGGCACGCAAGGCCCUGUUGAAGCAGGGAAAGGAGCUCCUCACCAAUGUGAAGGAGACCCAGAAGAAGUGGGCGGAGCAAUACCUGAAGGUCAUGGGGAAGGUCUUAGACCAAGGUGAGAACUUCCCAGCGCUAGAGAUAACAAGGAUCACCAAACUGAUUGAGAACAAGAUGAGUGACGGGAAGAAGGAGGAACUCCAGAAGAGCUUGAACAUUCUGGCUGCUUUCCAGCAGAAGGGGGCAGAGAAAGAGGAGCUAUAAACAGGCACUCCUGGCUUUGGUGGGGAUGGGAGGGAAGAGUUACUUGCUGGCUGUGAGAGCCUUG